AUGGCUGUGCAUGAGAUCCGGUCGUGGGAUGCGAAGUUGGCUCUCAUCCUACAGAAGCUUGAUCUGAUACGGGAUGACACCGUAAUCUUACCCUCAAUGUCUCUUUCGCAGCAGAGAGUGGAAGUGUCCACUACAAUCGACAAAACGGCAAAUCUGCACAUCCUGUCCCCCAUCGAUGCCCUUCAACUUCGACAAGCAUACUCCAAAAGACACACUGCUAGACUGACCAUUCGGCUCAACGACGUCUGGACCUCCUUAAUCAUCAAAUCAUGGAGUACGGCACCAUUCUCCAAGACCCUCCUGAUACGAGGAUCCUGGCCCAGCAAGAACGACAUAGACACCAUCGGCACUGAACUCACGACCUUCGCACAGAGCGGCUCCCGCCCAUCCUUAAUGGUUCUAUGGGCAUUACAGCAGAAGACCUCAGAGUCAACAGAGAAGAUCACAUGGACAGAAGCGCUAAGAUACCUAGCAGGCCAGGCCCUCAAACACAACGCCACCGCAGUCUCGGCAUCGUUCUCCAACCACUUCCACCUCCUCAACGUCGCCACCGCAUCCAGCACGCAGGACUGGGAGAAUGUCCUGAUCAAAUCGCUGCUCGGCGUGCCAGUGACAUACAUGGUCAUCGACCUGGAACUCAUCGAAGACGAUCUCCUCGAAAAGGAAAACGUCGACGAUAUCACGGAAAGUAUCAACCGUCUUGUAGCCGCCAGUCCUUCUGCGCUCAAAUUUGCAAUCAUCAAUCAACGCCGACAGCGAUCAUUCAACUUGGCGGAGUCCUUAUCGCUGGACGUGGAUGCAUUCAAACGGCGAGGCAAAGCUUCACCUAGGGCGACGCGGGUUUCGAAUCGCAGGGCUGCAGCAGGUCGUUCCCGUGUGUCACUGGCUUUUCGAUCGAAUAAUAAUAGACGAACUGGAAAUCCAUAG